CUGCUAUAUUAUAUAUACAUAUACAUGUGUAUGUGUGUAUUCUCUCCCUGACUGCCUGGCUGCAGGAGACUCUCUGUGCCGUGGUAGAGCUGCAUGAGAGACAGAAGUUGCGAAACAGCAGCAGCAGCAGCAGCAACCUCGGGCAGCAACCGAUACACAAACCUAAAGCCAUCAUCAGUCUCGACUUGAGUCGCGACUCGUGCAAACGUCGUCGACGACCUAUAACACCAGCACCGUUGUCAUUUUUAUAUCGUAUAUAUCGUCGCUAGAGGAACACUUUUCGCGAUCGUUUUCGUUAUCUUUAAUGGUGCUGCUCCCGAGACGAUGAGCUGACCCCAGCUCCACGGCUGAAUCGAAUAUAAUAUAAUUUAAUCGAUUAAGCGACGAAUGUGUGACUCGAGACUUUAGUGAUAAUAAAUAAAUUUAACAAAAAAUAAGAAGAAGUUUUCGAGAAGAAGAGUCUCUGCUAGCCUGGCCUGUGGCGGCAUAGACAAAUAGACACUUUCACUGCACGCGCGCAUGCAGCAGCGGCAGAGGAGAGCAAAAGAGACGACAACACAUGCAGCAGCAGCAGCAGCAGUACCUACUACUCUUGCUCCUCUGUGUGUACAUGCAGUAUAUAUACAUAUAAUGUUGUGUAUGUGCCAGGCCGAGGAAUAGUUUCAUUCUAAAGGAGUACAAUAGAAAGGGCUCGCGCUGCCUAAUAAUAAUACGACGACUUUAAAGCCAUUCUCGGCGACGAUCCUACGCGCCGAAUUGUAAUUCGAUCGUAACGCGGGAUUCGCGUUGCAGAGUGGAGGACUUGGACAAAAAAAAAUCAAAUUAAAUUUCAAAAAGCAUAUAAAUCGAAAAAUGGUGCAGUCGCACUUGUCGAUCAUAAGCGGCGCCGCGUCGCCUCUGCACACUGCCGGACACUACCACCACAUACUGCCGCAAGCUUUGUGCGACGUCGCUCAUCCCAUGGAAGCCGGCAUAGACGUGGUUGUGAUGGGUAUCAAAGACGAGACAGCAGCGGCGGCGGCGGCCAAGAAGUAUCAGAUCCCGAGGCCGAGCCUCGUGGGCAGCGCGAGGACCAGCGAGGCCAGCUGGGGCAAGCAGCAGCGGCCCUCGUCGAACCGCCACCCCUACAAUCAGCUCAACAACAGCAGCAGCAGCAGCAACGUCACGCUGUCGACCGGGCUGUCGUCGAUAUCGAGCCAGCUCAACAGCAGCAAGAGCUCAGUUCGGAGCAACGAGACGUUGUCGACUCGGCUGGCGUCGUCGUCAUCGAGCCACCAUCAUCAGCUCAACAGCAGUAGGAGCUCGGGUCAGAGCAACGAGACGUUGUCGACCCGAGUGGCAUCGCCAUCGAGACACCACCAUCCACUCAACAGCAGUACCAGCAGCAGCAACAACACUUCGUCGACCCCGUCGAUCCACCACCCCUACAAUCAGCUCAACAACAGCAGCAGUACAAUCGGCAAAAAAUCGUCGUUGAGCCCGGUCUCGCCAUCGUCCUAUAAGCAGCUCAACGGCAGCAAGAGCUCGACUCGGAGCAACGAGACGCUGUCUACCCCGCUGUCGUCAUCGCCGCCGUCGGACAAGACUUCCUCGACGAGAGCUUCCUCCACGUCCUCGUCCUCGUCAUCAUCAUCCUCGUCGUCGUCGUCGCAAAACUCGACCACCUCGGCCAGGAGCGGAACGUUGCUGCUGACGACGGAGAACCUGCGACAGCUCGCCGCUCUCCACCCGGCCCAGAUAACGACGGCCGGUAGCGAUCCGAAAAAGGAGAAGCAGUUGGACGCCGUGAGCCAGUGCAGCAGCACCCACUUCACGGUGGUGAACGGCCUGGGCGGCCGGGGCCAGCCAGCCACCCGACAAAAGUCCUGCUGCGCGCGCAAUCAAUUGACCGUGCUCGUCUGCACCAUGACUCUGCUCUUUUCCCUUGGGCUCUUGGCCGCCGUUGUCUACAUGGAGAUGAGGGCCAGGGCCAGAGACUUCAAUUGACGACGACGGCGAUUGCUGCUGCCUCUGCGGCGACUAAUUUGGCCAUUACACAUGCAUUGCGACGACGACGAUUUUUCACGCACGUCGUGUCGUUGUGUUGUUGUGCAGCGCGCGACGUUUCUAGACGCCUCACGUGUCAAUCUCUCUCCUCUCUCUCUCGCGCUCUCCGUUGGGCCUCGGCGGCGUGCAGCAGCAGCAGUGUGUGCAGUGGACAAACUGCGCGAUUAUGUACAUACGUAUUUUUUCUCUCUCUCUGACUCUUUCUUUCUUUUUUUUUUGCUUUUCUAAGAGAGCAGCAAC